UGAUCUCGGUCUACGCCAGGGAGGCCCUGACGAGGCUGACCGAGACCAAAGCCAGGGUCACGUCCAUCUUUGGUGAUAUUCUGAAGUUGGACUCAACUAAGAAGGUGAGCUUUGUCUUCCACUGCAGCGUGUUAUUUUAACAGUGUAAUGUUAGUUUGACGUGUGACUACAUGCUAUGUGUUUCUCUGUUGCGCAGAUCACCAAGAAGCUUGCGGGCGGUGCUGCCGGGACGGCCGCCUGGGUCACGAAUGUUGGCAACGAGUACGGUCAGGUGCUCGUGUCCGUCCUCACCGCAGCCGAGGGGGGCGGACUUGCCAACAUGGCGGCCGGACUGAUGGGGCGGUACCGCGUAGCCGGAAAGGCCCCUCCGAAGGUCUUGUACGUGGACCGGGACUGCUGUGUCACCGUGGGACAGUCGAAGACGGCGGAGAUGUUCCACGAGUGGCACGAGCUGAAGGUCAGGCUGGACGUGUGGCACCUCAUGCGACGGUUCGCGAGGGGUGUCACCACCGACAGCCACCAGCUCUACGGCCUCUUCAUGGCGAGGCUGUCGUUCGCCAUUUUUGAAUGGGACGACGGCGACGUCGCCCGCCUAACAGAGGCCAAGCAGUCCGAGGAGGGGAGGGGCGCCCACAUCAAGCUCACCGCCAAGGAGCUCGCCCGUCACUGUCGGCGCCGCACCAGGGGUGCGGCCGAGACGGAGCGGCUCCUCCAGGAGGUGCUGGACACCUUCUGGGAGGCGGUGGACACGAUGGGCGUCCCGUUGAUCGACCGCGCCAGGAUGGAGGAGAUCUGGAGCACGCAGCGCCGGCACCUCGACUGCAUCCAGGACCCUGCGGGAGUGGAGCUCUACACCCAGACGGGGGAGCUCACCAAAGGCGGGGUGCGGCUCCCCGUCUACAGGUGCGCCAGAGGCUCCACUUCCCUCGAAUCGUUCCACCUACACCUGUGCCGCUUCAUUCCAGGUACGUCUGCCAGUGACCUACACUUUCAGGUGUACUUGCUGGAGGGCCUGGUGCGGUGGAACGAGAACCGUGGCAGGGCAGCAGUCGAGGGAGGACAACGCCCGGCGCUGCGUUGCUUCAGUGCCCAGCUGCAGCACAGCUUCAACCAGCUGACCCAGGAGUUCCUGGGGCGCACGCUGGUUGAAAAUUACACCAAGCCCAGGGAGUACACAGGGGAGCUCAUUGGGGUGGAGUACCUGUACUCCCAGACGGGCGCUGUGCUGCAGCAGGAUUGGGAUCCCGACACUCCGGAUGGGACUGGAGAGGCCGAGGAGGACUGGAAGGACGGCGAUGAGGGCUUUGAGGAGGAGGAGGAGGAGCCAGAGGAGAUUCGUCUCCUCUCACACCACCACGCUCUCCUCCUCCGACCACCAGAGCCCCGCGGUGCGCCCGCCACCGCCGCCGUCGCAGAGGCCUCUACGUCCCAGUCGGGACCCAAACACACACCGCCUGAUGAGGAGGAGGAUGACGUGAGUAGAGGAAUCCCCGUUUUCAUUUCCCCUGUGAGGGUCAUCGUGUGGUGUGGCUUCAUGAGCCGUCUCUGUGCUUUCCUGCAGGACGUAGUCGGGCCAGACGGUCACGGCGGUUACCAGCUCGUCGUGCCCCUGGCCCACGCCCUCGUGGACCUGCGUCACCGCGCCUUCAUACCCAGCCGGCAGGCCAGAGACAUCAUAGCUCUCUGGCAGAAACUGUCGGACCGGGACAAGGCGCCGGUGACCUACCCCCCCCGCCACCAGGAUAGGCUCGUGAAGGGUCGUUUCAAGACGACCCAACGGCGGCACGCUCACACACCAGGAGUGGACAGUGUGAAGCGGUAAGCACUGAUGGCACACAUUUCAAAGCUUUGUUUGGUUCUUCUUCUGUCACCCGCCCUAACACGGUGUGUGUGUGUGUGUGUGUGUGUGUACAGUGCCUUCCUGGGACAGGGGGCGGGAGCGGCACAGUCUCCUAAGGCCAGCAGGCUCGUUGAGGCCAUCAUGCUGGAACUGUGCCGCACGCACCACGAGGGGACUACGAUCGGAGGGGUCCGCGUCCAUCGCUGGGGCGCAGUCAUGAGGGACUACAAGCUGAUAAGGGACAAUGUCCUAAACAGCCCUACCCUCAUGGCGA